AACUUGUCACUGUCAAGUGUCAACGUUGGUUUGGUAAACGCUGUUGAAUGGUUCGAAAACAAAUUAUGUACUAUUACUUUUUUGUUUUGUGUUAAUAGUAAGAUUUUAGUCGAACAAAAUGCCUACGGUUAUAUUAAUGGACGUUUCACUAUCAAUGUCGCGGCCUGUCCCGACUUCCGACACAACAGAGACACACACCCGGCACACGAUAGCUACUGCAGCCGUGAACACAUUUUUGGACUAUUUAACUAUUCACGCUAAACUAGAAUAUGUUGCCCUGGUCUCAUUCUCAUCCGUUUACGAAGUGGCUGUUCCCUUUACUAGGGACUUUGACAGCAUACGCAGCAAGCUGUUGUCAUUAGAGGAAGGAGACAAAACCUGCAUAGAUACUGCUCUGCUUGGUGUAAACCAGCUGGUGCUCAAUGAGUGGGGAGGAUGUCAAACACCUGUGCAAAUAAUAUUGAUAACAGAUGGAAGCAGUGGUGUAGGUGCUAUAGGCAGGAACCGGAUGGUGCAAGCUCUGCCUUUGCCUCCCUCUUAUCCGGCGAAAAUACAUAUACUACCCAUUGUGUCCCCUCAUGACCCUUGUCUACAACAUGCGAUGCCACUUUACCAGAAAAUAGUGGAUCUAGCAAACAACACAACCAGUAACUCCAAUGGCAAUAUGUCACGUGGAACUAUCUACUGCCCUGACCAGCUUUCUGUGCCUGGGGUAAUAACAGCAAUGACAAGACUAUGUGAACAGCACUAUCAGGAGUUCUGGUGCACUCUGAAGUGUGGCCAGCUAGAGGCGCGCGUGCAAUUGUUCCCCGCGCCACAAACUAUUACACUCGAAGAGUUAGCUGCUACCUACACGCUCGCUAAUCAAAUACACGUCAUUGGGUUUCUGCAACAGCAGGAACUUAGUACCCCAAUAGCAUUAAGUAAGCACUUGGUAAUACCACAAGCUCAACCAGGAACCACUCCAGCACCAAGAGAAAAUUAUGGCUCCAAAACUCCUACUAAGGAAGGAUCUAGUACCGACGGUUCUGCGACAGAGGAAGACAUGUCAGAUCCUAGUAAAGUUCCCAAUUUUUGUGUUCUUCUACAUGGAGCUCUCAAGGUGGAAGGUAUGGCCGCAGUAGUGUUGCUUGGCGCGGACUGGUGGGGAACACUCACAGCUUCGUGCGAAGCGUCACGUGGUCGUCGCUCGUGCUUGUUGCUCAGCGUCAUGAGGCCGGGAGCGUCGGCCGCUCCUUGGCUCGGCGCCCUCGACCAACUCGGACCUGCGGAGGAAGGCACUACUUCAACGGAAACAUUCCCCAUAAGGUCGUGGCGUUCGUAUAGUAGUGGAGGAUCUGCGUGCGCGUGGGCACGUCCACACGCACUACUUGCUGACGUACAAAAAGUCCUUCGACAUGCAAGGAAACUCCCAGAUAAGACACAACACCUUUUCAAGGAAUUGAACAGACUCCGUCGGGCAGCCAUUUCCCUCGGCUUCUCCGAACUACUGACUGCGAUUGGAAACGCGUUGGAGCGUGAAUGUACGGCUUUACCACCUACAGCGCCCUCUGAGUGCGCGUUACAACUCGCUCAUGCAGCCAACGCCCUACGCGACCCGAGAACGGCCUUAGAUAUAAAACAUACGCUGACUCCAUUAGGCCACGGGACUCCAAUGGCACAUUAAUUUUACUUUCUUUCUAUUAAUUAAGCAAAUGUUUUUUUUUCUGAAUUAGACUUUUUUCAACAACCAAAAUCCGAUUGUACUUCUUACAUACAGUAUGGUAUUUAAAAAUAAGUAUUUAAAAUUCAUUAUAAUGAUAGGAUUGGACUACAGAUUUUUUGUCUUGAAAAGAAUAUAAACAAUUUAACUGAAUUGCGUAUGAAGGCUGGUGUCUAAAUAACAUUUCAAGCAGAAUAGUUUAAGUAGGUUUAAUUUGAAUAACUUUAGUGUACAUAAUUAAUUAAUAAAAAGUAUCAAAAAUA